UGUCUUCAUCUGAUGGCCAUGGAUGGAGAACAGAAUGAAGAAGACAGUAUCAUGGACCUCAGCUAUGAGGCUGAUAGUCCCCUGGCUCCUCCUGUUGAACUUUUGGAACAACUGGUACAUUAUGACUGGUCUUUUCAAGAUGGCGGCCAAACACAGAGCUCCCCACCUUCAGUAUUCCUGAGGAAACUUAGUGAUCAGAGGGGUCAGAUGAUAUUUUUGCAACACAGCAUUCCCAUCAUGACAGAGGAGAUGGCCCGACAUGCCCUCCUGAGCUUUGUGAAUUCCAGGUGUUGCUAUGGUAACCGAGCAGCUGGGGAGCUGGUCAUUCAGGACCUGAGACAGCAGAUGCUCUACCGAUAUCGACUGGAGACCUUUAGUGAAUCCAGGUUAAGUGAAUGGACAUUCCAACCUUAUACUAAUCACUCAGUAGAUGGCCCGAAAAAAGGAACAUCUCCCAGGCCUUGGGACAUCAAAGUGCAUGUCCCUCCCAUGUUUCAAGAGGAGACUAAGAAGUUUCAAGUACCACACUCCUCCUUAGUCAAGGAUUGCCACAAAUGCCAGGGACGAGGACGGUACAAAUGCAGUGGAUGCCAUGGGGCUGGCACGAUGCGGUGUGCCUCUUGCAGUGGAGCCAAACGCAAGGCUAAGCAAUCUCGAAGGUGCCAGGUGUGCUCUGGUUCUGGGCGGAAGAGACAACUGUACUCUAAGCUCUGUGAGGGCAGGGAUCCUGACUUCUCUGUACCUUAUGCAGAAUCUGACAGGCGUCAGACCGUUGAGCUGAUCCCACUCACAGAAGUCCACUAUUGGUACCAAGGGAAGUCUUACCUCUAUUACAUCUAUGGCCUGGAGAACAAGGUGUAUGCGGCGGACUACCCAGAGAGAUACUGCUGUGGCUGUACUAUCAUAUGACAACCGGCCAGGACUCUUUCUGAAGAAGAAAAACAAGGGUCCAAAAUGUGCAUCCAUCAAGGAAGAAGAGACAAGGACUAGGGUUUGAGGGCUCUGGUUCACUUUUUACAAAAUGGAACAUCUGAAAACCCUUAUAGAUUUCAUUACAAAUGGCUCCCGCAGUUGGAAUUUCCAAGUAGAACCCUUGGGAACAUCAAUGGAAGCACCACUGAUUAGUCCAGGAAUAAAUACAUGAACUUAAUAAGGACAAGAUUCUCUGCUAAUAGAUUCAGUUCCUCCACACAUAACAGAUGCUUAAUAAAUGUUAGUUGAUUGAGUUGGCAA